UUUCUAGAUGUUAAAAAACUACACCGUCCAGCUAUAACAUUGAAGCAACAUAAAUUCUUAGUAGACAUCAAGUCUGGUGUGUCUGGUGGUUUCACUUCAUCCUAGUGUAGUACCGAGUGAAAACUUGUUUUUAUUUAAAAGGAGGAUAGAAGUUGGGAACAGAGCUUAUUUUUGCUGGACGCGAGUGUCACAAUGCGACCCGAUCAUAACAUAAUCUUCCUCAGUGAUUCUUAAAUACUUUUGAAAGAAGUUAAGUUUCGAAAGUGGUGGUAGUAGUUCAGGAGCAUCUACUAGUGUACUAGUGUUAUGUGAACAGAAAAAAUUGUGUUUCGUUCUUUUUUCAAUUUGUUAAUUUAUAACAAAGCAAUCAUGACGGUUAUUAUGACCACACAGGAUAGCUUAAAGGAUGCCAGUGCUCUUAAAAAAAGAUGGGCCAAGAAUUUGAGCUUGGAAAAUCAUUUAGAUUCCACUGAUCCAAAUAACAACAUUACAAUGACAUCGGAGGAUUUAUUGCAACCUGGACAUGUUGUAAAGGAGCGAUGGAAGGUAUUGAAAAAAAUUGGAGGUGGAGGUUUUGGCGAAAUUUAUGAAGGUCAAGACUUACUCACCAAAGAACAAGUUGCUCUCAAAGUGGAGAGUGCCAGGCAACCAAAACAAGUUCUAAAAAUGGAAGUAGCAGUACUGAAAAAAUUACAAGGCAAAGAACAUAUUUGCAGAUUUAUUGGCUGUGGUAGAAACGAUCGUUUUAAUUAUGUAGUAAUGCAACUUCAGGGUCGAAAUUUGGCUGAAUUGCGUAGGGCUCAGCCAAGGGCCGCUUUCAGUCUUUCGACCACCUUGAGACUAGGACUGCAAAUAUUGAGAGCCAUAGAAAGUAUUCACUCCGUUGGAUUCUUGCAUCGUGAUAUUAAACCCAGUAACUUUUCAAUGGGUAGACUGCCAUAUAAUUGUAGGAAAGUAUAUAUGUUAGAUUUCGGGCUUGCUCGACAGUAUACCACAGCGACAGGAGAAGUAAGAGCACCCAGGGCAGCGGCAGGGUUUCGAGGAACUGUUCGUUAUGCCAGUAUUAAUGCUCAUAAAAAUAGAGAAAUGGGUCGUCAUGACGAUCUUUGGUCGCUGUUUUACAUGUUAGUCGAAUUUGUUAAUGGACAAUUGCCAUGGCGUAAAGUGAAAGAUAAGGAGCAAGUGGGCUUAAUGAAAGAAAAGUAUGAUCACAGGUUAUUGCUGAAACAUUUGCCUUCCGAUCUGAAACAGUUCUUGGAUCAUAUUCAAAGUUUAGAAUAUGCCGAUAAGCCUGACUACUCUAUGUUGAUCUCAUUGUUUGAACGUUGUAUGAAACGUCGUGGUGUUAAAGAGUCUGAUCCAUUCGACUGGGAAAAACCGACAGGCGAUUCCCAAGUUACCUCUCAAGUAUCUCAAGCACAGCCUCCGACCACGGCGCCCACGACUUUGCCACGCCAAACCACAAAACUUGUCACUACCAUCGACAACAACCAGGAAAAUAUCGAACCCACAGAUAAUAAAGACAUGGUGGACGCUCGAAAGAGAAUUGAGGCUGAGAACACGGCGCCUUUAGUAACGGACACGCAAACUAACGCUGCUAGACCAGCUGUCGAUAAGAAUUGUAAUGCAACUGCUGGUGAACAAGUUGCUCGAAAACGCCGUGCGACUUCCCACCUCGAUCAACCUCCUACCGACCGGUUGGACAACGAAGCUGCGGUGGCAUCAACAAAAUCCAUCUCGGACGCGCCACGCCCGGCGCCUUUGAGGAAAAGCCAGUCGGGAGCGGCCACUUUGGGGCGGCUCAGGGUGGCCACGCCCUCCUCGCAGGGACAGGGCGGCAGCUUGGGUGAAUCCCCAGCUACGCCCGAGCAGGAGCGACCGUUUCGCAAACGGCAACCUAGCGCGGCGAGGAGUUCUAGGGGUGGUACCCGUGAUCAGAGCGUCACUCAGUUUGCUGUUAUGGAUGACGAGAAUGUUAGCCAACAAGUUACCAGAGGUGGUGGUGCUUUAACUUUAGCUAGUCAAUGGAAAUCUCAAUUUGAUGAUAGUGAGGAAACGACGGAUAACGAAUGGAAACCAGAAUCUCCCGAACAUCAUCGAGGAUUAGGAUCUCAUCAUAGUUCUAUUCAACAUCAACAUUUGGCAACACCUGCAGUAGAAACUGUUAGUGGUGCAUCACCACAGGCACCAGCAGCUUUAAGUAAAAUAAGUGAGGAUUCAAGAACAAGUCAUAGGAAAUACGUUAACAUAGCUGGCAUAGAAGAUUAUCCAGAAUUAGUUGGUGUCCUUCCGCGAGCUUGGUCUUGUCCAGCGUUAGGUCCUCUAGUUCGUCGUGCUUUAAAACCUCCUCUUCUCCAACAAGCCGCUUUCGACGAUCUAGUGUUUCGUGUUGAUGUCAUGCGCAAUGUGGCUUCCAAGCAGCACGUAGCAGUCGAAAAUGUGGAUAUUCGUCUACAGAAGUCUCUAAAGCGCGAUAAAUUGGCAGGAGAUGAAGGAAGCAACUUCUACAAAGGCUGGGUCAGUUUACCUGCAUUAGAACUGCCCGAAUUGCAAGGCUUUAGAGAAGAGGAAAACGGAGAUGAAGGAUUGCAAGAGGUGGCAGGGAAACUUGAAAUCCGUGUAGUGCCAAAACCGCCUUCGGACGGUGCCACACCUAUCUACACCGCUACCACUAACCAGAGCCAUACCACUACAGCACGACCCCAUUCCCUUCCACCCAUCGCUAAAGCGACGCCCGCACAAAGUGACAGCGUACCACAUCCGGCUAUGGAGAGGUCUGGAUCUCACGACAGGCCCGACAGAAAGCCUUUAGAAAGAACCAAAAGCAUACUGAAGCAAAGUAGCAAGGAGGGCAAAGUGACCGCGGAAGUUGGGAGUCCCCGAAAAGAAAUAGUUAUGUUCGUCGAUGCCAUAGAGAUCAAAGAAAAAGAAAAGGUUACUGAAUUGUCUCGAUCAAAGAUGAGAUCUCCACCGCCAGAAGUUGCUGUUUCUAGGAAGGAAAACGAGAGAGAAAGAGAAAUCCAAUGCGACGUUGUCGAGAUCAAUAAAAAUGACGCCCAUAGAAAAAGCUCUUCGAAACUCGUUACAACUACAAGCGAUAAGCAAACCGCUACGGAAAGUAAAAAAGUAGAAACAGAGAGUAGUAGCACGGAAACGGAUAACCAAAGAGACAGAAGCCGAGGUAAAAGUGAAGAGAAGAAAAAUUCGCUAAAAAAAUCAUCAAAUGGAUCAACCCUCAACUUCGAACCUGUAGAAGCUUUAAUGCGAAGUCAGUCUUUGAAAUCAGUUCAUACCAACAGACCUUUGUCAUCGUUACUUAAUAAUUUGGCCGCAGAUUCGCGAUCGGAUAGUAGUUCGGGAACGUCAGCUACCAACCGACCGAAAUCGGAUGUUGGUGGACUACUAAGAGAUAAAAUUGGGGUCAUUGACAAACACAUGUUGGUUGAAAGAGACCUAAGCCGAAGAUUAGGCGACGAUAUUGUAACGAGGUGUUCGCAAGGAGUAGAUUUAAGUUCACAUCCCAAUGUUACAUAUGUGGCAGCUUCAAGCAUUCCAGAAUUAAGAGAGAAACGUUCGAUAGCCAAUGGUUUCAGUCCUGGUUUAGAAGAACAGUCUGAAUAUUUUGAUGCCACGGAAAAUCCUGCCAUGAAAGAUAAAAAACCUGAACAAGACGACGAAGAUAGUGGCGUAGACAAUGCCAGCCAAAUAUUGAGGGAAACUUCGAUUAGUCCGGCAUUAGAUGGAGGGAGAAUAUCAAAGAUUCCAGUGUCCGUUACUGGAGGUCAGCGACUGGCCAAAUGCAUGUCUUGGUCUGGAGAUUUGACUCCCGGUCUGAGACGACGUAGACAGAACGAGAAAUACGUAACGGAUCCGAGCCAGCUAAAUCUUAGGUUUAAAAGGCAUUCUGGAAGCGGUGUAAGAGCCAGAGGCAUAUCUAACUGCCUAAUCGACGCCCCGGAAAGCAGCCCCGAAUCAUCGGAAGGGCCACCACCUCCACCGCCACCUAUCGCCGGCGACUCACCGUCAGACCCGCAAGCUAGAAUUCGAAAAUACAGACCGGUGACGUAGUGUGACUAGAUGGAGGAAAAUAGUCUUUAAUCUCGAUAAUUGUGAUUGGCCGAAAGGAGUGACUUAUUUAAUAGACACACCUUUCAGUUCCGAUUAGAAACAGGAGUUGUAAGUUAGGGCAGAUAGGUCUAUUUUUAUUUUUUUUAAUUGGCUUUUGUUGUGUUGGGAGUUGAAAAGUAAACCAAGUGAAAUUAAUAUAUAAGAAUUGUAUUGAAUACAAAUAGACCUUUAUUACUUAAAACUUCUAGAAAAUCUAUACAAACGACGACUCCAAACCCAACGCACUUUAGACAGAUUUUUUGCAUAAUAAAUUGACAUUACUUGACGCUGGUUCUUUGCAAUAUUGUAACAAGUUGCAUCUUAGUAAAUAUUCACAUCUGGUCUCAAAUUUGAUAGGCUUUAAAUAAGUGAUUUAGACUUAAUUAAAUUAAUUAGAGGUUAUAUUAGUUUGGAUAUCGAAAACUAUAUGAGUUUGUAAAGUAACUUCUGAUUUCGACUAUGUUUAAUGUCAUAUAGAUAAUUAAUCUGGCAUCAGUAAUACCAUUUGAAAACUAUUUUUAUUAGAUUUAUUAGAUCAGACAAAAAGUAGAAGUCAUUUUAACAGUGUAACUUCAACAACAAAAUGGGCUGUCUAGUUAAACAAAAUUAGUAAUUACAUAAAUGAACAGUAAUGAUAUUAAUGAACACACAGAAACAAACAGCGUGCGAUUACUGACAUAGAACAACAAAGUAACUAUGUAUAUUAAAUACAUAUAUUUUGACCCUUAUUCAUAGUUUUCGCAAUAUGGCAGAAUGACAUUUGUAUAAUGCUUAAAUAUAUUGAAAUUCGGGCGAUGUAUGUAUCUUAAAAUAUUUAGGCUUUUUAUAGCUUUCUCAUAUUGAAAAAUAAAUGUCAAAAACGGGUUUAUGAAAUAUUCAGGGGUAAGAUGCACUCCUAUAUUAUAUAAAUUACAAAUAUAGUAAUUUACAAAAUAGACCCUAAAUAAAAGAAAAUAUCAAACCCACAUAUUUCUUAUAUAAAUUGAUUUUAGUACAGUGUUUUUUAUUAAUUUGUUAUUUUUUAUUGUAAUACUAUUGAAAUUCUAAAAAAAUGAUUUGCAUGGAAAUUGGGUACAUGUAGAUGCAUACAUUGAUAUUUUUCAAAAAUUGUCUUAUAUUUAUUUAUUGUUUACCAUAUUAAUAUAAUAAAACACCCAACACAAAACCAUUGUAACUUUGCGUUAUAGGAAAGUGCAAAUGACAAAUAUAUUUUUUUAAUUUAUGGUAAAUUAAUCUGUUCGGAUUAACUUUACAUUUUUGUUGUGAUCGUAGGUACUCGAACUUUGGCAACAAUGCAAUAGUUAGAUUAGAAUAUAUUAAAUCAAAAGGAAAAUACGCUUGCGUGACCUACAUCGAAUGUGUGUGUAUGUUAUGAUUUUAUUUCUUUUUUUAAUAUCAUUAUUAUUUAUUAAUUCAACGUGCAGGGCGCGUAUUGUGCAAUGUUGCCAAGUUUUCAAUAUAUGUAAGAAUGCUUUGUUGAAUUUUGAGGAGUGUAUUCAUUGUUUCUAGUCGAAAGAGUACUAAGUAUUUUUUUUAAAGUACUUGAUGGUUUAUUCUAGUCAAACUUUAAUGAUAGAAUCUAUAAAAAAAAGAAAUGAUAUUGACUAUUUAAAAUAAUGCGAAAUAAAGAUACUCUGUAUAAAAUGAUAUUAAUAUUACUGAAAUCUGACAAGCACUGAAUACAAGAAGAUAUUGAAUAAACUAACUAUUUUUAAGCAGUCGACUUGUAUUCAUCCUUGUAUUAAAUCUGUUAAGAAAAAGAAGAAUAUAUAUACAUAGAUAUCAACAAUAUACUUGAGUACAUAAAUAAAAAAUUAGACUGC